AUGUCUAAGCGCGACCGAAUCGGGGACGGCCACCGCAAUGUCGCAAAGUGGCGCCGGCACCGCGCGUCACGACAACCGCGCCCUAGCCAGCUGUCCAGUUCGUUGCACUUGCCGCCGUGGCACCACAUCAAGCUGCCACCAUUUGAAAAAAACUGGUACCGGGAACACGUCAACACAGCCCUAAGGUCAGACGACGAGGUUGACCAUUUCAGAAAGUCCAACGGAAUCACCGUGAAGGGAGACUACGUACCCAAGCCCAUACUCUGCGCUAGCGAAGCAAUCCUUCCCAACUCCGUGAUAAAAACCAUCCAGGACCAGAGUACUUUCACGCUCACAGCCGUGCAGGCUCAAUGCUGGCCAGUGGCACUUCAAGGAAGGGACCUUCUGGUCACUCUACAGAACAGUCCAGAAGGCAAGACCCUGGCAUACCUUGUUCCCGCCAUUGUGCAUGCCAUGAACCAGCCUCCCGUUCAGCCUGGGGAUGGUCCAAUUGCAGUGGUGCUGGUGUCUGUGCGGGAAACGGCACGACUGGCUCAGCAGGCAGCAUCCAAAUUUGAAAUGCACACCGGAGUGCGCAGCACCUGCCUCGUCUCACGAGAUACCGACGGACAGCAAGACACGCACCUGAAGAGAAGCAACGAGCUGUGUGUUGCGACACCCGGUCACCUCCUGUCUUUGCUGCAAGAGGGCAAGGUGAACCUCUCUCGAUGCACGGUCGUGGUUGUCGACGAGCUUGAUCGCAUGUUGCUUCUCGGAUUGGAGCCAGUAAUUCGGCAGGUUUUCAAGUACGUGCGGCCGGAUCGCCAGACGCUGGUGUGGGCAGCCGCGCCGUUGUCCAUGGACGCACGUGCGUUCGCUAUAGAGAUUUGCGUGCAUGGACCCGUAGAAAUCAUCGUCGAGCCUCCUCGAGGACUGGUCGACCCACAAGUGAGACACGAUGUCCGAGUGUGUGGGGACGCGGGAAAAAUGGACGUGUUCGCUGCCAUCUGCGAGGAACUUUUCAACGGAGAGCGAGCAGACCAGAAAGAAGAAAAGGCCAUAGUGUUUGCCGAUUCCGCUCAGACUGUCGACGACCUGACGAGGAUGAUUCGGCGGUAUCCGCGUUGCGUCAUCGGCGUUCACGGCCACCAAGCCGCGGGUAAUCGGCAAUGGGCUAUCAACGCAUUCCGAGUAGGCUGGUACGCCGUCCUCGUGACGACCGGUUCCGUGUCCAGAAGGCUGGACACGUCGGAGAAAGUACAGUUCGUGGUGAACUACGACUAUCCGGGAGGUCGCGAUGAAUACAUCCGCCGGACCGGCCUUGCGACUUCCGCGGUGUACACAAUAUUCACGCCGCGAAAUUACCAACACGCCAAAGAACUGAAAUCAAUCCUAGAUAGUGCCAAGCAGGAAGUUAGUCGAGAGUUGGUAAAUAUCGGAGUCUCCGGAAGGCGCAAUAUUUAA